CAUAAAAAGAAUCCCUACAAAUGCAACACAAUGAUGCCCUCUUAAGGAUGAAAUAGAAAACUUGUUUAUCCAUAAUCUGCCGCUUUUCGGGAACUUAUAUUAUUACUUUACGUACCAGAAAGUGGAUAGAAGCUUUAAAAACUAGGAUAAUCACCAAAGAAACAUGGCACAAAGAUUUCCUGUACCAAAUACAGGGAAUAAUGGUCCUCCUCCACAAAGAUAUGCAGCAUCAUCUGUGCCUCCAAAUCUUCGACAAUAUUCUGGUCCAAAUUUUCCUAUGCAACAGAGAUCUGGAUUUACUCCUCCUCCACAAAUGGCCAAUGCAGGACCUGGACCAGCUAGUAUAAUAAGAGCAAAUCAACCUUAUUCAAAUAUGCGUCAAGGACCUAUGCCUACUCCACCAGUUGGGAAAAGAAGUGCAGAUCAACGUAUUCCUAUGUCACAACAGAAACCGUAUUUUUGGAACAGUGAUUUUUCACAUUCCACAUCCAAGAAGAAGAAAAAGUUGGCAGAUAAAAUAUUGCCACAAAAAGUGCGCGAUUUAGUACCUGAAUCUCAGGCUUACAUGGACUUACUCGCGUUUGAAAGAAAAUUAGACGCGACUAUAAUGAGAAAACGACUCGAUAUACAAGAAGCUCUAAAACGUCCAAUGAAACAAAAAAGAAAAUUACGGAUAUUUAUUUCUAAUACAUUUUAUCCGGCAAAAGAAGCUGGUGAAGGCGAAGAAGGAUCAGUUGCAUCUUGGGAACUUAGAGUUGAAGGACGUCUUUUAGAUGAUACAAAAAAUGAUCCUAAUAAGGUGAAAAGAAAGUUUUCUUCCUUUUUUAAAAGUUUAGUUAUAGAAUUAGAUAGAGAUCUAUAUGGACCUGAUAAUCACUUAGUUGAAUGGCAUCGCACAUUAACAACACAAGAAACAGAUGGUUUUCAAGUAAAAAGACCUGGAGAUAAAAAUGUUCAAUGCACUAUUCUUUUACUUCUUGAUUACCAACCUUUACAGUUUAAACUAGAUCCUAGAUUAGCACGGCUUUUAGGUGUACAUACCCAAACGCGACCCGUUAUUAUAUCCGCUCUUUGGCAAUAUAUAAAAACACAUAAACUUCAAGACAGUCAUGAAAGGGAAUUUAUAAAUUGUGAUAAGUAUUUAGAGCAAAUAUUUGCUUGUUCAAGGAUGAAAUUCGCUGAAAUACCACAGCGUUUAAAUCCAUUACUUCAUCCGCCAGAUCCAAUCGUAAUCAAUCAUGUUAUUAGUGUUGAAGGUACAGAAACGAAACAGACUGCGUGUUAUGAUAUAGAUGUAGAAGUUGAUGAUACAUUAAAAACGCAAAUGAAUAACUUUUUACUUUCCACCGCAAGUCAACAGGAAAUCCAGAGUCUCGAUAAUAAAAUUCACGAAACGGUUGAAACAAUUAAUCAAUUAAAAACAAAUCGAGAAUUUUUUUUAAGUUUCGUUAAAGAUCCUCAACAAUUUAUCAAUAAAUGGAUAAUUUCGCAAACAAGGGAUUUAAAAACUAUGAUAGAUGUUGUUGGGAAUCCUGAAGAGGAACGUAGAGCAGAAUUUUAUUAUCAACCAUGGGCACAGGAAGCCGUUUGUCGAUAUUUCUAUACGAAAGUUCAACAGAAACGCGCGGAAUUAGAACAAGCACUCGGUAUUAGAAACUCAUAGGUAUUAGGAACUCGUAAGUAUGAGAACUUAAAAUAUCAAAUUCGAGACAUCGCUAUGUAAAGUAUUUAUAUGAAUCUUUUUCUUGUUCCAAUUGCGAAACUGAUCGAUUAAUGUGUUUUACGCUUGACUUAGUGUUAGUUUAUGACGUUACAGUACGAAUGAUACCAUACAAGUGGCAUAUUUUUACGAAUGUUCAAAAUAAUGAAAAAAAAAUGUAUAGUAA